CGGUUAUAGAACACUUUCGUCAUUGAUAUUUUAGCAUUAUGCCAGAAGUAGCGAAGAUUGCGGCCAAGAAAGGCACGAAGAAGGCCGUGGUGAAGCCGGCUAACAAGGGUGGGAAGAAGCGCCGUAAGUCCAGGAAGGAGAGCUAUGGCAUCUACAUCUACAAGGUGAUGAAGCAGGUUCAUCCCGACACCGGAAUCUCUUCCAAGGCGAUGGGCAUCAUGAAUUCUUUCGUCAACGACAUCUUUGAGCGCAUCGCCGGGGAGUCUUCUCGUCUCGCUCAUUACAACAAGCGCUCCACUAUCACCUCCAGGGAGAUCCAGACCGCCGUCCGCCUGUUGCUUCCCGGCGAGCUGGCCAAGCACGCCGUGUCCGAGGGAACCAAGGCCGUCACCAAAUACACCAGCUCCAAGUAG